GUGAAUGAUCGGCAAAUAUCGGCGUGUUAAAGUUUGGCCAAUGAAAGCAUUGCUGUCGGACAAAGACAGGAAUGUUAUUUCCCUUAAGACCAGGUGGACUUAUAUAUAACAAGAGGGUCCUCUCCCCAUUCAUCGCAACCCCUCAACAUGCCAACCGACGCUUUUCACUGCCGAGUGUCCAUACGGAAAGACUCCAAGGAGAAGUGGUUUGUACGACGGUGGGAGAAAGAGAUUCUGAAGGCUUAGCAUUACUUAGCUUAAAAAUAUCACAACAAAACAACUGUAUUUGUAUGUGCUGUGUUUGGAAUUACUAUUGUAAAUAAAUAAUGAGAAUUCGAGUAGUGAGGAUAGAAAGUUAAUGGUGGAUAUAUUAAUGGAUUAAUAACUGUGAAAGUUAGUUGUGUGUGACGCUAUACAACAAUGAAAGUAGUUGUCAGCAAGGAUAUUCAAGGGAUGAAAGCGGUAGUUAUUUUCAUAUGUGAAAUUCAAGGGUUUUGAAUACAAACUUGAUUCUAACUAUUCUUACGACGCUAUUGAACAAAGUGGAUAGACGAUGAGUGCUUCUAUCGUUUGUUUAUUUUUUUUGCUUGCCAGUGGACUAACUUAUGCUGUGCCUAAUGAGGGUGUAUAUUUUGGAACGCAAAACCUUAUACUGACUGACAGGAACCCCAUACCAACGAAAUGUAUAUAUAAUACAUUUCAAAAAAUGUUACAAGCUAUGUGUGCUAAUCUUAAUUUCAAUCAACUUCCCCCGAGAUUACGGAAAGACACUCAGAUUUUAGAUUUCUCAGGAAAUAGAUUACGUGAUCUCAAGAAUGAUACACUUUCAUCAUUUACAAGUUUAUCAUUCAUAUACUUUACGGACAAUUUCUUCACAGACAUCGAAGAUGCAGCAUUUGUUAAUUUAAAGAAACUUGAAGUAUUGGAUUUAUCAAAAAAUGCAUUAAGCGACAUUCCUAAGAAUAUUUUUGCAUUGCCAGCCAUAAGAAUAAUAUAUUUAAGUGAAAAUAAACUGGGCGAUAAUGCUAUGGAUCCUACUCCAUUUGCUGAUGAAUCAACACUUCAAAUUCUGGAUGUCUCAAAAAAUCAUCUAACUAAGCUACCUCGAUUAGGAAUAUUACCUUAUCUGAAACGCUUAAAUGUUUCUAGAAAUUUAAUAACAAACUUGAAAACUGAAGAUAUAGCAGCUUUCUGCACUCUGAAAGUUCUUGAUCUCUCACAUAAUCCAAUCAUUUUUACUGACCAUUGCGAGUGUCAAGCAAUCAAUGCAUGGAUUGUAGCUCGAAAUAUAACCAUGUUUCCACCAAAAUUCAACUGCACUGAUGAAAAACGGAGUGAUGGAUUAAGAACACCUUGGUGUACUCGUCAACCCGUUAAUGAAUUAGUGUCAAAUGAAACUCUCAAGAUAUAUGAUAAUUGUAAAAAUGUUCUUAAGAUACAAGAACAAACGGUUAAAGCAAGAUCUACAUGGAUUCUUGUGGUAUCUUGUAUUGCAGCAUUUCUCAUGUGUUUAUUUAUUAUUCUUUAUUGUAUUCAUAGGCACAAUAAGAAAAAAAAGUCAGUAAAUAUUAAACGAGAUUUAGUAAUUAAUCGUGCCGAUGAUGGAUUACUUAAAGGAAAUAAUGUUACUGAACCAGCAGAAUAAUUAAAUUUCUUAAUUUCUAUCUUAGUUUCAAUUUUAAUUUUAUGAAUCCUUUGUACAAAUUCAUAAUAAGCUUAUUUAUUAUUAUUUAAUAUAAAAAAUUUAUAUUUACGUAAAAUUGUAAUAUGUGUGGUAUGUAUACGC